AGUCUAUCAUAGCUGAAAGUAUGCCGUCAUUGGAUACAUCAUUCUGUACAUUUAGUAUCUUUUAUCUCAUUUAUUCUUGGGAACCACAUACCUUCUCUACCACAGAAGUACUGUAUAUGAUUGCUGGAAUUUAGCAAAAUAGAAAGUGAAAGAAAUAAUCUCAGAAGUCUCUUUGCUCUGCAACUGCAUUAUGGCAAUCUCAGAACAUGGUGGUGGUGGUGCACACAUCCUUGUAUUCCCUUAUCCUGCACAGGGUCACAUGAUUCCCCUCUUAGACCUCACUCACCACCUCGCUCUCCGCAACUUAACCAUCACCAUUCUUGUCACCCCCAAGAAUCUCCAUUUUCUCAAACCACUCCUCAUCAAACACCCCUCCAUUCAGCCCCUGGUUUUGCCUUUUCCGCCCACUGAUUCCAUUCCUGAUGGCGUCGAAAACGUCCGUGACCUCCCCAGCGGUGGCUUUAUGUAUAUGAUGGGGGCUCUGGUUCAUCUUUACGAUCCCAUUGUUGACUGGUUUCGAAACCAUCCCUCCCCGCCUGUGGCUAUUGUGUCUGACAUGUUUCUUGGCUGGACCAAUCGGCUUGCUGGAGAGCUGAAGAUAUCGCGGUAUGUUUUUUCGCCGUCUGGGGUUAUGGCCUUGUCGGUUAUUUAUAAUUUAUGGCGGCAUAUCCCGAAGAGAAAUGAUCCAAGGGAUGAAAAUGAAGUGAUUGAAUUCAGGGAUAUCCCGAACUAUCCAUCUUACGAGUGGUGGAAGCUAUCACCGUUGUUUAGGAGUUAUGUGGAAGGGGGUCCACACUCCGAGGUCUUACUAGCUUCGAAUGUAGGAAAUAUAGAAAGUUUUGGACUUAUUAUCAACUCAUUUACGGAGCUAGAGCGAGGUUAUUUGGAUUACAUGAAAAAGUUUUUGGGUCAUGAUCGGGUGUGGGCGGUUGGACCUUUGCUCCCUUCAGAAGAAGAACGAGUUGGAAGAGGCGGAGCUAAUGAGAUUUUGGCUGGAGAGAUCAAAUCAUGGUUCGAUCAAUUUGAAGAUGCCACGGUUGUGUAUGUCUGUUUUGGGAGUCAAGCUGUGUUGACAAAUAAACAAAUGGAAAUGCUAGCACUGGGAUUGGAGAAGAGUGGUGCCCGGUUUCUCUGGUCUUGCAAAGAGCCUACCAAGGGACACAAGGUAGGAGAAUAUGGCAUCAUUCCUUCAGGGUUCGAAGCCCGCGUUUCUGGCAGGGGACUUAUUGUGAGAGGCUGGGCACCUCAGGUUGCGAUAUUGAGUCACCCUGCCGUGGGCGCUUUUCUAACUCACUGUGGCUGGAAUUCGGUGCUGGAGUCGAUUGCAGCAGGAGUGCCAAUGCUGACAUGGCCAAUGGGGGCUGAUCAGUUUGCAAAUGCGGACUUGUUGGACGAGCUUAAGGUGGGAAGCAGAGUGUGCGAGGGAGAAAGAACAGUUCCUGAUUCGAACAAGUUGGCUCGAUUGGUGGCCAGCUCUGUGAGUGAUGAAAACGGAGCUCCAAUAGCAAGGGCCAAGGUGUUGAGUAAAGCAGCACAAGAGAGUAUAGGAAAAGUUGGAAGUUCUUACAAAGCUCUUGAUAAUUUAGGGGAUCAUUUCUCAAAGCCCUAAACAACUUGAUCACAGAGCUUUUGGAAUCUUUAGAUACAGUAAAUUCAGUGUUGCCCUGUUGGAGACAACAGGCUCAUCAUAUGGUGGCAAGUUGCACUCUGUGACAGCCUCAUUGUUUGCAGGUCCGUGCUUUAAGAACCUCAACUGAGGUUGUGUUGUUUAACCCGGCCGGCACACAGUGCACUGGAUACUGAUUCAGUUCAUUA